GAGUUAGGAUUUAGAAUGUUGACAGUCGUUGAGGUAACAAGGUAUUGGGUUCCUUGAGCUAAUUAGUGGCGCAUAGUGCGUUGGGGCAGUUUCUUUUGCUCCGUUGUAGUAAAGUUGUUCCCUGUUUGUAUAGUACUGUAAUAAGGUACCUGCUGUCUGAUUUAAGUGAAAAUGUCUGGUGAUGAGCAAACUGUUCUCAGUAGGACCAAGUCCUUUACUGUCCGUGAGAUAUUUGACCAAUUCGACACCUCGAGCAAAGGUUCGAUCACCACCAACAGUCUGGGUGAUGCUUUGGCAGCUUGUGGAGCUAAGGUUCCUGGUUUCAAGGUCAGGGACAUCUGUGAUAGCUACAAAGAUGGCGCCAUCAGCUUCGAUGAGUUCUGCAAGAUUCUGAACCAAGUGAAAUCGAAAAACACAUUCAAAGAGACAAUCAAACCGAUUGAGCUGAAGAAGAAGGUUAACGUCAACAAGGGAUCAGAGAAAUCGUCUGAGUGGACUACUCACUCUUACGCAGAAGAGGAAAAACUGGCCUUUGUUGACUGGAUCAACUUCCGUUUGAGCAAAGACGAACUCCUACUGAAGCAUGGCAAUAUCCCCAUUGCAGAAGAUGGUACCGCUCUCUUUGCAGCUCUUAGGGAUGGUAUCAUCUUGAACAAGCUGGUAAACGACUCAGUGGAGGAUACAGUUGACGAGAGAGCUCUGAAUCUGCCUAAUGAUGCUGGAAAGUUAUCCAUUUUCAAGAUUCAGGAGAAUCAGACUCUUGCCCUCAACUCUUGCGUCGCUAUCGGUUGCAACGUGGUCAACAUUGGUGCGCAGGAUCUCAUCGAGGGUAAAGCUCAUCUCUGUCUUGGUCUGUUGUGGCAGGUUAUCAGGAUUGGACUGAUGGCUAAGAUCACCCUCAAAGACUGCCCCGGUCUCCGAGCUCUUCUGGACGAGUUCGAAACUCUCGAACAAUUGCUGGCUAUGUCCCCUGAAGAGAUACUGUGCAGGUGGGUCAACUAUCAACUCAACAAGGUCGGGUGUAAACGAGUCGUCAAGAACUUCACUCAUGAUAUCAAGGACAGUGAAGUAUACGCUCAUUUGCUGGUAGCUGUAUGUCCUGAUGACAACGCCAAGGGACCAAUUGGACUGGAGCCUCUCAAUGUUCAAGAUUUGACCAAGCGAGCUGAGAUGGUGCUGGAUAACGCGGAGAUGCUUGACGCACGAUCCUUCGUGCGCGCGCACGACAUCGUCAACGGUAACCAGAAGCUCAACUUGGCGUUCGUUGCUAACUUGUUCAACAUGUACCCUGCUAUGGAUGAUGUAGGCGACUUUGAGAUUAUAGAGGAGACAAGGGAGGAGAAAACUAUGAGGAACUGGAUGAACAGUCUUGGGGCUACUCCUCGUGUUAAAUAUAUCUACGAAGAUCUGAAGGACGGUCUUGCAAUCAUCCAGCUGUUCGACAAGAUACAGAACGGAUGUGUUAACUGGAAAAAGGUAAACACGCCUCCUUUCAAAGCUCUUGGUGGUGCCAUGAAACAGAUAGAGAAUUGUAACUACGCCAUUGACCUUGGACACAACUUGGGCUUCGUUCUUGUCGGAAUUGACGGUAAGAACUUGCACGACGGAGACAAACUGACUCUGGGACUUGUCUGGCAGAUGAUGAGACAUUACACUCUAGCUAUGUUGACACACGACGGCAAGAUCAUGAAAGAUAACGAAAUCAUCAAGUGGUGUAACAACAAGCUGGAGAGCGCUGGCAAGACCACAAACUUUAAGUCUUUCAAGGACUCUUCUCUGGGAACCUCUCGUCCUAUUGUUGACCUGAUAGAUGCUAUCAGUCCUGGUUACAUCAACUACGAUCUCGUCACAGCUGCCGAAACAGACGAUGAUAAGUUCCUGAAUGCUCGAUAUGCUAUCACCAUGGCCAGAAAGAUCGGCGCAAGAAUAUUCGCUCUGCCAGAGGACAUCACGGAGGUCAACCCGAAGAUGAUAAUGACAGUAUUCGCCUGUCUUAUGAGUGUAGGAUUUGCUAAGGACAGGAAAUAAACUCUACAUUAUAUUAGACGUUUCUUACUCUUCUAGCCUCACCUGGUGUUUUUCCGUUUUUAACAGCUUAAUCAUUAUUUCCACUCAUUUGAGAUGCGGGCAACUUUUUGGUUAACAAUGAUAAUUUAACGAUGAAGAAUUUUUGCACAUAUAUUUGAGAGUGGAGCUGCUGUGCCAAUAGCAGGUUUCGAGGUCGGUACAAAGAAAAAUAAUUAACAUUUUUGGCAACUGUGUUUUAUAUAUAUUACGAAAUAAUUGCUAUUUCUUGAUUUCUCCUUUUUUAUGUUGUAUAACUAUGAUGUAUUAAAUACACGAUAAUGUUACUUGAUACAA